CAACAGCAUCAGUCAUUGCUUGCUCUCAGCAGAACACACAAGCAGCAAUGAGGAUCCUGGUGUGCAUGUAUCUGUGCGGUCUGGCCCUGUCCGUCCUAGCUGAGGAGGAGCAGCCGGUGAAAGAGAAGCGAGGACUCUCCGGUUCACUGGGUGGUUAUGGUGGCGGCUACAGUCUGGGAGGUGGCUACAGUGGCGGCUAUGGAGGCGGCUACGGUGGCGGCUACGGAGGUGGCUACGGAGGUGGAUACGCUGGUGGACUCGGAGGCGGCCUUGCAGGCGGCAUUGGGUCCGGCAUUGGAGGGGGAGAACCACAGAUCACUGUCAACAGAAUACCUGUCCGGGUCCCAGUCCCUGUGGAGAGGAUCGUUCGAGUGCCUGUGAAGGUCCCAUUCACUGUAACUGUGGACCGGCCUGUUCCUGUCCAGGUACCGCAGCCGUACCCUGUCCCUGUAGACAACCCUGUGCCCGUCCCCGUCAAGGUCCCCACCCCAGUGUCCGUCCCAGUUCCUCAGCCCUACGUCGUUAAGCGUCCAGUGCCCUACGUCGUCAGUGCUGGCCACGGCGGUAUCGGAGGAGGCCUCGGUGGUGGUCUCGGAGGAGGCCUCGGUGGAAAAUUCGGCGGAGGCUACAGCGGCGGCGUUGCUGGAGGAUAUAGUGGAGCUGCCAGUGGCUUUGGAGGACUUGGGGGCUAUGGAAAAUACGGCCACUGAAUCCUGGAGCCAAACCCAACAACUUGACCGAUACAUGCCACCAGUAUCCAUAAUAAUGGAAUGUAAAAAUGGUUGAAAAAAUAAAUUUUUCUGAAUAAAAA